GUUUACCAUUGGUUGAAACAACUAAGAUUUCAAAUAAGUUAUUUCUGUUUAGUUUGAUUUAUUUUAGUAUGCUAUUGUCAUUUUUGUAAUGUGUGGUUGUAAAAUGCCUCUUAGCAGCUCCAAUCUAAAUAUUUUGGAUUUGUGUCGUUUAUGUCUCGGUAAAGAUAAUAAUUUAAUACCGGUUUUAAACAAUAAUGUAAUAGGUAAUCAACUAUGUGAUAAAAUAAGUGUUUGUCUCACAGUUGAGAUAAAAAAUGAAGAUGAAGUGUCACAAAAGAUAUGCAAUCAUUGCUUAACGAAAGUGGAUUCAUUUUUCGAAUUCCGGAAUUCAACAUUAGAGUGUCAGAAAGUUUUACAAAGAUGGGCUAGUGGAGAAAAACAAAAAACAAUUGAAAGUGAAAAUGCUGCCCUAAAUAGUAAGGAUAUAUCCAAAGGAAUAAAAGAGAAGGAUAACACUGAACUUAAUAAAACUAAUGAGUGUGAUAAAUCUGAAGUUGAAAAUAAUAGUAGAGGACAUUCUGACAGUAGAUACGAUGAGGAAAAUGUUACUCAAGAACUCAUUAGAUUCUAUAAAUCUUUGGCUUCCGAAGGUCAAACUCCGGCUUCUGUUAUUUCAAGAGAAAGGGAAGUUCCAGGACCUUCGGGCAUCCAGGAAUGCAAUAAAAAGUCACCCCCAGAGGAAGGAAGAUUAAAAGGAACUGUUCAUAAUAAAAGGAAAAAAACAUCUGUUACUGUCGAUCCUAAAAAGAAAAAAACGUCAGAAACUGCUGAUCCUAAAAAGAAAAAAAUGUCAGAAACUGCUGAUCCUAAAAACCAAAAAAUGCCGGAAACUGUUCUUCGUAGAAACAGAAAAGUGUCAGAAUUUUUUGAUCAUAAAAGAAAAAAAGUGUCGGAUCGUCUAAGAAAAAAAAAAUCAGGAACUUUAGAUCGUAAAGGGAAAAAAGUUUUAGGAUCCGUUGAUAAUAAUAGAGAAAAAAUGUCAGAGCUGAAAUGUGGGGAAUGUGAAGUGGAAUGCAAGACAGGUUCAUUAUUAAGAAAUCAUAUCAAAGAAGCACAUGGUACUUAUGCCUGUGAUUGUGGCGCCAAAUUUACAUCAGCCAAGUACCUCGCCAGGCAUGAAUCAAGGCACAACGCCAAGCCAACCAUACCUUGUAAGCUUUGUAGUAAGCUAUUCUUAACAACUUCAGAAAUGAAAGAUCAUCAGAAAUCCCACCAAGUCGGUCAACAGCUCAGCUGCCAUUUAUGUAGUUACGUUACCUUUUUUAAGUCUAAUUUGGUCAGGCAUGUGAAGAGGCAUAACAAAGAGUAUACAGUCUAUUGUGAUUCUUGCGAUGAAGGAUUUUUCAGUAAAGAUGAACUGCGUACGCAUCAAAUAAGGAAACAUGGAGCUGACCCUUAUUUCUGCCAUAUGUGCAGAAAAACAUUUUCCAGUAAAUGUUAUUUACUCGAACACAACAAAACUAUCCAUUACAUAAAAACAAGAGAUUUUUUGUGCGAAACAUGUGGAAAAGAUUUCAAAACUAAAGCAGCCAGCAGGAGGCAUAUGAAACUCCACCUCGGGAUCAAGUAUGAGUGUCACACGUGCAAGAAAACCGUCAACAGUGCAUAUUCUCUAAAGAAACAUAUGAAAACACAUCUGGGGGAAAAGAAUGUGGUUUGUCAUGUAUGUGGCAAGGCGUUUAUAGACACUAAAUACAUGGCUGCUCACCUUCGUACUCAUACUGGAGAACGUCCCUUUGUAUGUCUAGACUGUGGGAAGCGCUUCACUCAGGCCACUACUCUCAAGAUUCAUAAAAGGUCUCACACAGGUGAACGUCCAUAUUCGUGUCGGCAGUGUGGUGCCAGCUUUAUUACUAAUACUCUCCUUACCAAUCAUAUCAAGAGUCAUUUUAGUCAUUUUCUAAGUGAUAAACCUCAAGAACAACUCUCUCAAAGUGAAUCACCCACAGAUAAACUCUCUCAAAGUGAACCAUCAAAAGAUAAACUCCCUCCGAGUGAACCACCUAAAGAUAAACUCUCUCAGAGUGAACGACAUAAAGAUAAACUUGCCAAGGUUGAACCAUCUAAAGGAAAAAUGCUUCAGAGUGAACAGCCUAAAGAUAGAUUCGCUAAGAGUGAACCAUCUAAAGGAAAACUCCCUCAAAGUAAGCCACCUAAAGAUAAACUCUCCCCAAGUAAACCAACUAAAGAUAAACUCCCUCAGAGUGAGCCGUCUCGAGAACAACUCCCUCAGAAUGAGCGGCCUCGAGAUGAGCUCUCUCAGAGUGAGCCACCUUGGAAACAACUCUCUCAGAUUGAGCAACAUGUUUCUAAUGGAAUCUUAGAGCUAGCAAAUGCAGCUCUCCAGAGUGAAAAACUCUCAGGUGGACAAGUAGCUUAAAAUAAAUUUUAGACCAAUGUUAAUGUUAUGGUCUAUGUUCUUUUUUAAAUGGUAAUUUGAAUAAAUUCGUUUAUCAUUAUUAGUUACUUAACUUAUAGUCAAUUUGUAUAAAAUAUCAUUUGUUAUUUAUUCCUGUAGCAAAGACUAUUGUGUUAAGUUCAAGUUGCCCAUUCCUGUACAUAAUUCUACUACCUAUUUCUUUUCUAAUUUUUUUGUUUUUUAAUCAUAAUUUAAUACCUGUUCGAAGCACCGUAUUACCCAAAUUUUGCUUCUCUUCAUCUGUUUUAGUGAUCCUGUCAUUUAUUCCGUCAAACAUCUUUUAGCCUACCAUUUUAUUUAUAAUUUUCAUCCACAUCAAUUAUAAAUGUAUUGUAUAUGAUGGGUUUACUGGCUAAUUCUAUGAUAAAUAUCCGAGGUUUAAUUGGGUCUCCCCAAAACUUUCAUUUAACCAGCCUUCACUUAGAACUGAAGUUUAUUUCCUCUUCUUUCUUUAAAUUUUGCCCAUUCCACUAUUCUAUAAACUCCACACGCUAACUUUCAGUACACAGCACAAGUUAAUACUUACUAAUCUUUCCUUCAAUACUUUGGGAUUCACUCGCUUAUUAUAUUUAUUAUGAUCCUUGAUGAUGAUAAUUGAUAAUUAGCAUAUAUAUUUUAAAUUCUUACUUAUAUUUUAUAUUAUUUAAAAGCAGAAUCUUUAUUUAUUUCAUCCUGUGUUCCAUGAACACUUAUUGAUUAAUAAGAAAAUAAGUUAUCUACAUAUUAAAUAAAUUGUUGAAAUAUUUUGUUGCUAAAUAAAAAAUUUAUGAAAUCUUAGUAAUAGGUCUAUUGAUCAAUUACAAAAUAAAUAAUUGAAUGAACAAGAAUAUGAAAAAAAAAGUGCUUCAUUGAGUUCCUAUCUAUAAGAAGUACAGGUAAGGGAAACUAGUCAUUAAAGUUUCUGAAAAAUUGCCCAACCCUUACUUUUUUUUUACUUAUCAAAUGUAAUUUACCUUUUUUAAUCUUAAUUAGGUAGUCCAAAUUUAUGUUAUAAUAUUGACACCAGGCCCUAGUACUAAAAAUGUAAUCUGGCCCUCCCAUCUGUGAUGUAUAUGAUCCAAUUAGUUUCAAAAUCGCCUCAAUCCAUAUACAGAAAUUUUACAGGAGAUAAUAAAACCAUAUGAUUAUACCAUAUUGACUUAGAUAAUUCAGUGAGUGAAUUUAAACCUAUUUUUAUAUUGAGAUGCUUUGGAUAUUUAUCAGGUCUUUUAGCUGUAAUAGGUGAUGAUAAUAAUAAAUAAAUAAUAAUUCAUUGAGAAUUUACAAAAUAAAAAGUUUUCCUUCUAUAAAAAAAAAAAAUGUGGAUAAAGCUGUUAAAAUGUUUGCAUAUAUUUUUACAAUGUACAAUUGUAUAAAAAAAAAAAAAAAUUUUAAAACUCCAAUACAAACUAAAUUAUAUUUAUUGGUCCAAGAAACAGAUUUAUUCCCCCUUCUCCGCUUCCCCCUGCACACAAUUUCCAGAUCUAAAUUGACUUUGAAAUUUAGUUAAAAGUAUAUAUUUUCAAAAUUUAUUUACUUCAUAAACUAUCGCAAAGUUGUUACUAAAUUUAUUUAGAGAGAAAUGCUGCCUUAUAAUAUCAUAAUAUAGUAUUAUUACUAUCACUGGAUUAUAUUACAUUUUUUUUUCUCCUUUAUUUAUUUUAAUUAUAUUACAUUCUCUCCCAUUCCAUGUUUCUGCUUUGCAGUGAUUCUUCACUAUUUCAUAAUUUAAAAUAAAAUUUCUAUAUAAAAUAACCAAUAUUAGACUUUCAAGUUCAGACGCAUCCAAAGCCAAAUAAGUUGAAAUAAAUAAAAUAAUUUUUGUUUUUAAUUUAUUAUAAACUUCAUUAUUUCUGGAAUGAAUCAUAUUUUCAGUCGCUAUUGCAUAUUUUUUUUUGAUAAUUGGAGACAUGUAAAAUGUUAUUAAUAAUAAAAAUAUUAACACGUUCUUUUUUAAAAUUGACUGAUGUUAAAUUGUAAAAAAGUAAAAUCUGUGAGCAUUAUUGGAAUUUUAUUUUGUUAUGUCGAAGAGAGACAAAUUUUCUAAUUUACCUUUUUAUUAUUAUUAUUUAUUUUUUUAGUUCAGGAGUAGAAAAGUUAUUUGUUUCAAGUUUUGUUAUCAAUCCAUUUCUUAAAAUACUUGCAAAUUACAAUGAGGAAAUUAUCCGAGCAACAUUUAUAUUAAGAAAAAAAUGUAUGUAAUGUAAAUAUAUGUAUUAUUUUUAUCACGCCAUAUAGCUGUACUUAUGUGACAAAAGUUACCUUAUAGUAUCUAAAAAUAUUUUAUUUUUUUUAUAUUAAAAAAACAUUGAGAAGUUUUCUGAAUUAUCAGUUACAAAUUUAUUUUCCAUGUAAGAAAUUUAUUGUUAUAUUCGAAGCCAAAAGUUUUCUCAUUUUAAAGAACAAUUUACAUUCAUAAAUUGUGCACGAUGCUAUUUUUUGAGAGAUCAUCCUUUAACAAUUUCAGUUCAAAAACAUAUUUCUUUAUUAUUUUUUUAGAUUGUAUAACUAAUAUAUUAUUCCAUUAGUUUGCAAUCUUCUAUGUGUUCUUGUGCUAAAUCAUUGUCCAAAUCCCUCUCCUUUUGAGGACAAUGCAGUGUAUGUAUGAUAUUGUAUAAUUUAUUUAUAAUAUAAUAUGUUUAAUUUAUUUUAUAUUAUUAUAUUAUCAGUGCCUCAAAUUGUGAACUUAGAGACUUUUCUGAAGGAAUUUCUAUUUAAACUGUUCUUUCAGCAUGUUAAAUAUGUUUUAUAAAAGUGAUUUUAUGGUUGUACAUUACUUCACUACCAUUAUAGAAUAAAUAUUCUAGAAAAAAUUGUUGUUUUUAAUUUCAUAAGUUUUUUUUUUGUUUCUAUGUGAAAAUUAUAUAUAUACAUAUAUAAAAAAAUGUUAUUUCUAUAAUAGUUUAAUGAUAUAAACUAGAAAAUUAUGAGCAAAAAUAAUUAAGGAUAAACAUCAUAAACCAUCUGUCCUAAUUAUUUUUGUCAUAAUAUAGUGCAAUGAUCUUAGUUAUUGCAAAUAGUACACUUUUGAUGGACGUAAACCUAAGGCUGACCGGUCACCGAAAGCGCAGCUGAGCUGACCUGAGGCAGCUUCCAAAACUGAAUCUCGGUCGAGCCAAAGCUUCUGCUGGCUUUCAUUAAAUUAUAACCUUUGAUUCGGUUUUGGAAGCUGACUCAGCUCAGCUCAGCUGCGUUUUCGGUGGGCGGUCAGCCUAAAAGUAAGUAGUUGUGAGUUUUGAUGUUAUUUAUCAAUGCAAAUAAAAAUUAAAAACAUGAAAAUUAUAUAAACCCUUUGACAUGAGAAAAAUGGCUUCGCUAAGUGCACAAGGUUCUUAUUUUAUCCUGGAAAAAAUCAUCAAGUGAUUUAAUUUAAUGAUUUUCUGCAAUAAAUCAAUGUUAUACUCAAUAUUUUUUGCUGAAAUAUAUAGAUUAUUGUUUCUUUUACGCUACAUUUAUAGUACAUUUUUACAAAUAAAGUUUCAUGUUAUUUAUCUUUA